AUGGAUCCGAGGCAUGCACGGUUAGUAUUCUUCGGGAAUGAGGUCCCAAGCGAUGGCGCAAAGGAUCUAUUCCGGCGACUGCGCCAGCACAGCAAGGACCGUCGGUUCAGGCUACUGUCCAUCUUCCUCGAGGAGUCCACUGCGAUUCUCAAAGAAGAGGCCGCAAAGCUCCCUAAGCAGCUACAAGAGUUGAUCCCCCAUUUUGACACAGUGUGCUCGCUAGCCGAUGUCGACUUUCGACAGGGGCCUCUCGGUGCCGCGAUGGAGAGCGCCCUCCUCACUGUAUUGGAGCUUGCCCUCUUUAUAGGUCAUUACGAGGCUGAGGACAGUGAAUGGGAUUUGGAUCCGUCGAAGACUAUUCUCGCCGGGCUCAGCAUUGGGAUCCUCGCUGGCGCUGCUGUCUCCUUAUCCAGCAAUGUGGCGGACGUGGCCAAAGUCGGACCAGAAAGCGUCCGAGUUUCCUUCCGACUGGGAGUCUACGUUGCCGGUAUAUCGUCCAAGCUGGAGGCACCUCAGUCCGAUGGGACGCUCCAAAGCUGGGCGCACGUUAUCACAGAAAUGACGCAGGACGCGGUGCAGCACGAGCUCUCCCAGUUCAAUGAAGGCGUAAAUAACCCCGAGCUUACCAAGGUCUUCAUCAGCGCUGCCGAUAGCACGUCUGUUAGUGUCAGUGGGCCACCAUCGCGCGUGAAGGCUGCUAUUCAGUAUUCUCCUGUCCUGCGAUACUCGAAGCAGCUCCCAUUGCCGGUCUACGAUGGACUCUGCCAUGCCUCACAUCUCUACAGCGAAGGCGAUAUUGAGAGUGUAAUUAAUAGCAGUGAUUCUGUUAUUUCCAACUCCCGACCUGUUCGAUUGCCCUUGAUCUCCUCCCAGACCGGCACAGCUUUUAAGGCCAGGACAGCCCGUGAGCUCUUCCUCGAGAUCGGUACCGAAUUACUCACUGGCACAAUAUACCUGGACAAAGUCACGGCUGGCAUCGUGGAACAUGCGAAAUUGCAUUCAGAAAUGGGGAGCUAUCGCAUUGACACCUUCCGCACCUCACUUGUGCUUCAGGGUAUACACUCAGCCAUUGCAGCCAGCAUUUCUCAGCUGUCACUGUCAAGAAACGAUCUAGUAUCUUGGGUUCAGAAAGAGUAUGGAGCUCAUCGACCAUCCUCCUACGCUGCCUCUAAACUCGCCAUUGUCGGAAUGGCAUGCCGGCUACCUGGAGGUGCUAAUGACCCUGAUCUCUUCUGGGAGCUGCUUGAGAAAGGACGUGACACACUUACCACAGUACCCCCAGACCGGUUUGACCUGGAAACCCAUUAUGACCCAUCUGGCAAGACAGAAAAUGCGACAGAAACUCCGUUUGGUAAUUUCAUUGACAGACCGGGUUAUUUCGACGCAGGGUUCUUCAACAUGUCGCCACGCGAGGCAGAGCAAACAGACCCCAUGCACCGACUCGCCCUCGUUACUGCCUACGAGGCUAUGGAAAUGGCAGGCCUUGUUCCCGGCCGCACGCCGUCCACCCAGCAGGACCGUAUUGGGACAUUCUACGGGCAGGCGAGCGAUGACUGGCGAGAACUGAACGCAUCCCAAAAUAUAAGCACGUACGCAGUCCCCGGUGGGGAGCGGGCCUUUGCGAAUGGAAGGAUCAAUUACUUCUUUAAAUUUUCUGGUCCUUCCUAUAACAUCGACACGGCGUGCUCAAGUGGCCUCGCAGCAGUUCAGACAGCCUGCUCUGCAUUGUGGGCUGGGGAAGUUGAUACUGCUAUUGCCGGGGGUCUUAAUAUUAUUACAGACCCCGACAACUACGCUGGGCUAGGGAAUGGACACUUCCUCUCGAAAACAGGGCAGUGUAAAGUCUGGGACAAGGACGCAGACGGCUAUUGUCGCUCCGACGGGAUUGGAUCCGUCGUUAUCAAGCGGUUGGAGGACGCUGAGGCCGACAAUGAUAAUAUACUGGCAGUGGUGCUCGGUGCGCGCACAAACCAUUCUGCUGAGGCUGUCUCGAUCACCCAUCCCCAUGCUGGUGCGCAGAAGGAGAACUACCAGCAAGUUCUGCAGCGGGCUUGCGUCAAUCCCCUAGAUGUGAGCUAUGUCGAGCUUCACGGGACAGGCACCCAGGCAGGCGAUGCGGUGGAAUCGGAGUCGGUGUCUGAUGUAUUUGCACCGUCUAUGCCCCGUCGCCGUGCAGACCAACGCCUGCAUUUGGGCGCCGUGAAAAGUAAUAUCGGGCACGGUGAGGCUGCAGCUGGGAUUGCCUCUCUUCUCAAAGCCCUACUAGUAUACCAGAAAGGCAUGAUCCCCAAGCACAUUGGUAUCAAAACAGAGAUCAACCCUACUAUCCCCAAAGAUCUCGAACGUCGGAACGUGGGCCUGGCGAUGGAGAAUACACCCUGGCCCCGUCCUCCAGGGAAGACACGCCUUGCAGUCGUCAACUCGUUUGGGGCGCACGGUGGCAAUACAACGGUUCUUCUUGCAGACGCCCCAGAAAGAGCAAAGGAGACUGGCGAUAAUCCCCGUGAAACGCAUCCGGUAGUGCUUUCAGCCAAGAGCAAGAAGUCCUUACAGGCCAACGCAGAAAGGCUGCUGGAAUACCUGGACGAACACCCUGAAACGGAUCUCGCAGAUCUCUCGUACACGCUCUGUGGACGCCGAAUGCACCAUAGCAUGCGCUUUGGAGCAGCGGUCUCCAGUGUCGCAACGCUGCAGAAAAACAUACGAUCCUGGCUGGACAGCCCAAAGUCAUCUACUGAGCUGCGGCCAAUUCCCAAUGAGGUGCCAUCUGUAGUUCUCACCUUCACUGGCCAGGGUGCUUACUAUCGAGGAAUGGGCCAGGAGCUGUUUAGUGAAUUCCAGAAUUUCCGGACUCAGGUCCUUCAGCUGGACCAGAUCGGACAGCGAUUGGGAUUCCCAUCCGUUGUCCCUGUUAUUAGCGGGGAAAUUGGGGAUGGUCCGGUGUCUCCUGUACUGACCCAGCUGAGUGUUGUGGUGCUGGAGAUAGCCCUGGCUCAGUUCUGGUCACUCCUCGGCGUGCGAGCUGGUGCCGUCGUUGGACAUAGCCUGGGCGAAUAUGCUGCCCUCGCUGUUGCCGGUGUCAUCUCCGCUGCAGAUGCUCUGUACCUGGUAGGACGACGUGCACAGCUGGUCGAGGAGCACUGCACUGAAGGCAGCCACAGUAUGCUCUCGGUGCGAGCCCGCUUGGGUGAUAUCGAGGACCUGAUCGCAGGCGACCCUGGGACAGCUGGCAUUGACUAUGAGCUCUGCUGCCGGAACACUUACCAGGACACUGUCAUUGGUGGCAAGAAAGGCCAGGUUGACGCCAUCCGCCGGACUCUUGAAGCAAAGAGUAUCAAAUGCACGCUGCUGGACGUGCCGUAUGCGUUCCACUCGGCGCAAAUGGGCCCUAUACUCGAGCCUUUCCGAGCACUGGCAAGACCAAUCACGUUCAAAGCCCCGAGCAUCCCUGUCCUGUCUCCUCUCCUCGGAGGAGUCGUGUUCGACGGCAAGUCCAUCAACGCACAGUAUCUCUGUCGUUCUACUCGCGAGCCCGUCGAUUUUGUCGCGGCGAUCGAGGCUGCAGAGGACUUUGGGUUGGUCGACGCCAAAACUCUCUGGAUUGAUGUCGGCCCACACCCAAUCUGCGCUGGCCUGGUUCGUGGUAUCGAUCGUGAUGCGCAGGUUGCUUCCUCAUGUCGCCGUAAUGAAGACAAUCUGGCCACCAUGUCCAAGACACUGGUAACUCUGCAGCUGGCGGGAAUAACACCAUCGUGGGUGGAAUACUUCCAGCCGCGCGAGCAGGAGUAUUCCUUGCUGCAGCUGCCCAAGUACAGCUGGAAUGAGACCGACUACUGGAUUCCCUAUAUCGGGACCUGGACGUUGGAUAAGGCGCGCCUCAAGUACGGGGAGACAAAGCAGAACCCUCUCUCUAUAUCGCUGUCGCGUCCCUCGACGCUGCGAACGUCUCUGAUCCAUCAGGUUACAGCCGAGUCCAUUGAGGCGACAACAGCAACGCUGGAAGUGCUUUCCGACAUGCGGCACCCUGAUUUCCUGGAGGCCUUGCACGGUCACAAAAUGAACAACUGUGGUGUCGCCACUUCUUCCAUCUGGUCCGACAUGUCAUUUACGGUUGGCGAGUACUUAUACCGCCGCCUCGUUCCUCAGGCCAAAGACCUACACAUGAACCUCUCUGAGUUUGAAGUCCUCCAUGCACAGGUCGCGAACAAGGACAAAAACACGAUCCAGCCGCUUGUGCUCAAGGCGUAUCUCGACCUUUCCACCAGCUCCAUGUCUCUGUCCUGGUUCACUGCGAGCGCUGAAACAGGAGAGUGCGCUGCUGACUCUUUCGCCACCGCGGUGGUCAGAUUCGAGGAUGCGGCUGCGUGGACAAGCGAAUGGGACCGACUCUCGCAUCUGGUCCUCGGUCGUAUUGAAACGCUUGAAGAGCGAGCCGCAAAAGGAAAGGCCAGCACACUGUCCAAGCCGCUCGCAUACGCCCUAUUCAAGAAUGUCGUCGACUACGCAGAGCGGUACCAAGGAAUGGACCAGGUCGUGCUGCACGAGCACGAGGCAGUUGCCGACGUGACCCUUCAUCCUGAGCGCCAUGGCAACUGGCAUACUCCGCCGCACUGGAUCGACAGCGUGUCGCACCUGGCUGGGUUGGUCAUGAACGGCAGCGAUGCCUCCAACACCAGAGACUACUUUUAUGUCACGCCGGGGUGUUCGAGCUUCCGCCUGCUGAAUCCGCUAGAGGCAGGGGGCAGGUACCGCAGCUAUGUUCGCAUGUUCCCCAUGCCAGACGAGCCGAAUAUGUACGCAGGCGAUGUGUAUAUUCUGCAGGAUCAGCGGAUUGUGGGCAUGGUCGGCCAGAUUCGAUUCCGCCGUGUGCCUCGUCUUCUGAUGGACCGGUUCUUCUCGCCCGCGGCUUCGACUACCCAUACUGUCACUCAGCCAGAGCUGGAUCGUGUCCAGCCGCGAAAGCCAGCAGCUGCGAACCAGUGUGGUGUACUGAAUACCGGUCCACUUCCCGCUAGUCAUGGUGCUGGGGCGCCUAGUGUCACGACGAACCAAAAGAAAGAGGAUGAUCAUUUACCUGACAUUUCAUCUGAGGAGGAAGUCUCUGAUAAGUCCUCUGACAACACUGAAAUCUCCACGCCAGCGUCGUCUGAUCAAGGCAGUCCAGAUACUGGAGUCGUGGCCCAAUGCCUGCAGGUGAUGGCACGAGAGACAGGUCUGGGGCUGGAAUCACUGACACCGGACGCAAGCUUUGUUGAGCUGGGCAUUGACUCGCUGAUGUCACUUGUUCUGUCGGAGAAGUUUCGCGCUGAACUGGGUAUUGAGAUUAAGAGCUCCCUGUUCCUGGAGUGUCCGACUAUUGGGGAGUUAAAAGCGUGGCUCGAGGAGUACUGCUAA